UGGUCACAUUACAAAUUUGUAUUUAAAGUGGAGCGUUUUAUUGUUUUUGGCAUUCGUUUGUGUUAAUAACGCUCAUUACGUUGGCGGAAAACUUGGCGGCUUAGAGAACGCAAUAUCAACCGCGAAUAACCAAAAUAUAAUUAAAAGUUAACUCGUUAGAAUCCAGUGGAAUUAUUGUGAAAUACCCACACGCACACCACGAAAUAUACACACCGCACAGCAACAAAAUAAAAGGAAAUCGCGAGAGCGCAAAAACAGCGGUAAAGUCGGCAAAUAACGUUACACAACCCCACAAAAAGUGCAGCAAGAGAGCGGGAGAGAGCAAAAGGAGCAAUGGGUCUACUGAGCGAGGGCAGUCCACUUUCCUGGGAGGAGACGAAGGCGCUGGCGGACCACGUCCGCGAGCACGGCGUCAACCAGUUCAUCAACCUGUACCACAGACUCAAGGACCGCCAGGGCGACAUCCUCAAGUGGGGCGACGAGGUGGAGUACAUCAUUGUCAAGUUCGACGAUGAGAAUCGGGUGGCCCGGGUGGCGCUGCGCGCCCAGGAACUGCUCGCCCAGCUCAACGAGAAGGAGCUGGCCGAUCCGAAGGGCGUGAAGUCGCUGUGGCGGCCGGAGUACGGUGCCUACAUGAUCGAGGGCACGCCGGGCAAGCCCUUCGGCGGCCUGAUGGCCCACUUCAACCUGGUGGAGGCCAACAUGCGCUACCGUCGCGAAGAGGUCACCGAGCUGCUGGCCAAGGACGAGUGCGUCAUGUCGAUAACGAACUUCCCGCGCCUGGGCGCGCCCAACUUCACCUUUCCGCUGGCGCAGCCGCGGCCCGAGGAUCCCCUGAGCUCGGCCAGAUCGCUCUACUUCCCCGACGAGGCCAUCUUUCCCGGGCAUCCGCGCUUCAAGACCCUCACCCGGAACAUUCGCAAGCGACGCGGCGAGAAGGUGUCCAUCAAGCUGAAGGUUUUCAAGGACGUGAAGACCAAGCUGCCGGUGGAGGGAGCACCGCCUGGUGAGCCGGAUGUGGUGCUCCUCGACGCCAUGGGCUUUGGCAUGGGCUGCUGCUGCCUGCAGCUGACCUUCCAGGCGUGCAACAUCACCGAGGCGCGCCGCCUGUACGACCAGCUGGCUCCGCUGUGCCCCAUCAUGCUGGCCCUGACCGCCGCCUCGCCGAUCUACAGGGGCUACCUCACCGAGUCCGACUGCCGCUGGAACGUGAUCAGCUCCUCGGUGGACUGCCGCACGGAGGAGGAGCGCGGCCUGAAGCCGCUGGACAAGCAGAAGUUCCGCAUCGCCAAGUCGCGAUACGACUCGAUCGACUCGUACUUGUCGCCCGAGGGAGCCAAGUACAACGACGUGCCGCUGACCUACGACGAGGAGGUGUACAAGCGACUGGUCGAGGGCGGCAUCGAUCACCUGCUGGCCCAGCAUGUGGCCCAUCUGUUCAUCCGCGACACCGUGUCGCUGUUCAGCGAGAAGGUGCAUCAGAACGACAACGAGGACACGGAUCACUUCGAGAACAUUCAGUCCACCAACUGGCAGACGAUGCGCUUCAAGCCGCCGCCGCCGAACAGCUCGAUUGGCUGGCGCGUCGAGUUCCGCCCGUGCGAAGCGCAGAUCAGCGACUUCGAGAACGCAGCGAUCGUCUGCUUCGUGGUGCUGCUGACCCGCGUGAUCCUCUCGUACCAGCUGAACUUCCUCACGCCGAUCAGCAAGGUGGACGAGAACAUGCAGACCGCCCAGAAGCGCGACGCCUGUCGCAAGGAGAAGUUCUGGUUCCGCAAGUCCUCGAAGACCACCGAGCAGAGAGCUGCCAAGGCUCAGGCUCAAGCGGCUGCUCAAGCUGCUGCUCAAGCUCAGAGCAAUGGGAAGGCGGCCACUCUGAAUGGCAGCAACGGGCUGGCGAACGGAAAUGGCAGCGAGAACGGCGACCAGGAAGAGCAGCAGCCUCUGACCAACGGCUCGGCCAAGUUGAACGGACACGGCAACACCAAUGGCACCGCCACCAACGGCACCAAUGGAACCAAUGGCACCUCGAAUGGCUCGAGCAAUGGUGCGGAUAGCGACCACACCGACACCGACGACGAGGAGAACGAGCUGUACCAGCUGCUGACCAUCAACGAGAUCUUCAAUGGCAAGCCCAACGUUUUCCCUGGCCUGGUGCCGCUGAUCCGCAGCUAUUUGCAGUCCAUGGAGGUGGACACCGACACGCAUUGCACCAUUGAACAGUAUCUGCGCUUCAUCGAGAAGCGAGCUGCCGGCGAGCUGAUCACCACGGCCACCUGGAUGCGCGAGCAGGUGCUCAGCCACCCGGACUACAAGCAAGAUUCGGUGGUGAGCGAGCGCAUCAACUACGAUCUGCUGAAGCGCAUCCAGGGCAUCCAGCAGGGCAAGCAGGUGGAGCCGGCGCUGCUCGGGCAGGGCUAUCAUUCCAAGACCAAAACGAAAGACUUCAUUCCGCCGGCGCUGCAGAAGCAGCUGGCCAAGAACGGCUGCUGCGAGGAGAAAUGAUCGAGGAGCGCGCUGCGGACGCGUCCAACGCAGCUGGCCGCCGGUGGCCGGCGCAUGUGAUUCGGGUUUUUGUGGAUCCGUUAUUGGGUGUAGUGCGGCAUACGACGAUAUAUGUAAUAUGUUGAGGGCGAUACGAAACGGAUACGGCUACGGCUAACGGCUACGGCAACGGCAACGGAUACGAAACGAAGGCGGAGCAACACAUUUAUCAAUAUUAUUUUUAUAGCAUAAUUUAAAAGCGGAUUAACAAUUAGCAUUGCACCAAGAAUCCUAAUUGUGGACAAAUGUUUUGCGGCCGUGCGUUGGCCUUUUGACGAGAGACGAAAGGCGGCCAAGAGGCGGAGGAUGGAUGGAUGCACUAAGGAGAAUGGUUAUGGGGCAAAGGAGGAUCCACCGAGAAGGAUCCCCAGCCGGCCAGGAUAUCCUCCCCUUCGGCCAGUGGUUCGUGUCAAUGUUUCGAUGUGAUUUCGGGGAUCAUCGAGCCCUCGAUCACAGCCAAUUUGCAAUAGUUAAAGAGAAAACCAGAGAGAGAACUACUAAAUCUAUAUAUGUAUAUUUAUAUAUAUAUGUAUAGAGAGAGAGCAACGUUAAAAACUACAACAACAUAAAUCUCAACCAAGUGCCGUUCCACAAGACCUAAAAAAAAAGGAAGAAUACAUAUAGUUCAAAACGAGGCAAGGUUAAAAGCGUCUUUCUGUUUGUUUUCGUUUACAUCAUAUAUAUUUAUUAUAUUAUUCCUAUUAUAAAUGCAAGUACAAUGGAAAGUUGUUUAAUUUUUUUUUUAUUAAAUAGAUAUAUUUACACUCACACACACACACACGCAACACACAUACAUACGUCUAAAAGUGGCCUGCUGUUAUUAAACUAGAUAUAUUAAGUAUAACUAAAACCACACUUGUGCUAUUAUAAUUUAUUGUGUAUGUGAUUGUUUCACUAUUAUGAUAUAAUUAUAAUUUAUUGUGACCACAAGCAAGCAAAUAAACGGAAAAAUUGUUGAAUCUUUAAA